AACAAAUACAAAAAAAAAAAAAAAAAAAAACAACAACAACAACAAAACUAGAAUAUUACCAUAAGAAAUUGCAUGCACGGAAGUAGAAGAAAAGAGAAGAAGAAGAAUUAAACUGGAUACGCUCUAAGUAAGAUAAUAUAAAGGGCGAUAGCUAUUAGAGAACGGAACCAAAAGAGAACUUAAACUCCAGCAGAGUGCGAAUAUCACAAUAAUUGCCUACCAAUUCUCUCGCUCUCUCGUGAACGUCAAUAAAGAGGAACCGCAUAAAAUACGGGCGACAGGUAAACAGGAAGUAGCGAAAAAAAUCUUAAAAUACGGCAACGCUGGCAACAUUAGCAACAGCUGCAGCGCAUUUUUACAGCAACUACAAAUCGCAACCGCAUUCAGCAUUAAGAGCGAUAGUUGUUAGCGUCGAGUGCCUUUAAACCUGCUGCCGCCGCCGCAGCCGCUGCCAGACGCAAGCAGCAGCAGCGCAGCAGUGGGCAGCGAUGAGUACCCAGCAGGAACAACAGUAGUGACGUUACCCCAACUGCCUAAGAAAUUGCUACUGCGAGACUGCGACAGAGAGUGACUGGAGAGAGGGGAGAGGCAGAGUGAGAGAGUGCAAACGAUUAUAGGAGAGAAAAAGUACAUUUUCACAAGUGUAAGCAGCGGAAGUGGGGGGUAGCAGCCUAAUGCAAAACAAUAUGGUGAGCAUACCAGCGGCCAAUUUGAACGGCGGCCUAAAGGCAUCCAACGGCAGCGGCACCGUCGUUGGCGUCGCCGGCACAGUGCUGGCCAAUGGGCAGCGCGUAUUCCUAACGCCUGCGUCCAGCUAUCAUUUAGCCGCACGGCAAACAACGGUCAGCGGGUCUGUGACCUCCGGCGUGGGCAUGGGCAUGGGCAUGGUGUCCACGGCCAAAGGCGCUAGCAGCAGCAGUCUUGGCGUUGUCGGCGGUGUCGGCGGUGGCAGCAACGCGACUGCGGCAUCAUCGACGAGCACGACGGCGGGUACUGUGCGCUAUUUCUCGCAGUUCAGCAAGCUGCAGCCGGUGCAGCAACUGCAGAACAGUUCUGGGCAACUAAAGCUGCUCAAUGGCGAUACGAUGGUGUUAGUCAACGGCGCCAAACCGCUCAUCUUCACCAAUCCCAACAGCAAGUUGCUGACACCAACGACGUCAACAACAAUAAAUUCAACAUCUGCAGCGGCAACAACUACGGCAACAGCAACAGCAACAGCAACAACAACCGCAACAACAACAGUUCCUAAUGGUAAUAGGGUGUUAAUGAACAAGGAGCAGCAACUACAGAAACAACAACAACAGCCAGCGACUGUGAUUGAUGAGGUGCAGCAGGAGGAGCUGCAGCUGGAAGAUGAUGGCGAUAUGAUCGAGAUCAAGCAGGAGGAUGGUCAGCAGCCUCAACAGCAACAGCAGGGUGAUCCGAUGACCGCCAGCAAAACCACCGAUCCGGAUGCCGAGCCGGAGCUGGAUAUUGUGAUUAACAAUGUGGUGUGCUCGUUCAGUGUGCGUUGCCAUCUAAAGCUGCGCGAGAUCGCGCUGAAUGGCUCCAAUGUGGAGUAUAGGCGGGAAAAUGGAAUGGUCACCAUGAAGCUGCGUCGUCCCUAUACAACGGCCUCCAUUUGGUCAUCCGGUCGGAUUACGUGCACCGGCGCCACCUCUGAGUCGCAGGCCAAGAUCGCAGCUCGGCGCUAUGCGCGCUGCCUAAGCAAACUCGGAUUCCCGACCCACUUUCAGAACUUUCGGAUCGUGAAUGUGCUCGGCACCUGCAGCAUGCCAUGGGCCAUCAAGAUAGUCAAUUUCUCGGAGCGCCAUCGCGACAAUGCCAGCUAUGAGCCCGAACUGCAUCCGGGCGUGACGUACAAGAUGCGCGAGCCAAAAGCAACGCUUAAGAUCUUCUCCACGGGCAGCAUAACGGUAACAGCCGCCAGCGUGAACGACGUCGAAUCCGCCAUACAGCAUAUAUAUCCUUUGGUGCACGAGUUCCGUAAGCAGCGCUCUGCAGAGGAGCUGCAGCAUCUGCGUCAAAAGAAUCGUGGCCAGGCCGGCGACGAGCUUAGCGAUCAGGAGCAGCAGCUGGCGUCGGAGAGCAAGAGCCAGGACAAGGAUGAUGAAUUUUUAAACCCCAGCGCAACACACUCAGAAGCUGGCAGCAGCCUCUACUCUGGUUCUCUGUAUGCGACCCGUCGCACAGAGCAGGUAACCAGCAGCAGCACCAGCAGUGGCGGUGACAACAUCUGUGCCAACGCACGUCGCCGGGCUACCGAGUGCUGGGCUACCAAGCUGCAAAACAAACGUCCGCGCUACAACGAUCCGGGGUCGACGACAACUGCCUCCGCCGGUCACAUGGGUCGCGCUGGGGGCAGCAGCUGCAGCAGCACCGUCGUCAGCGGCAGCUACAGCGCCAACUUCAGCGCCAUUGGAGUGGCAGGCGGCUCUGCCGCCUCCGCGACGACGGGGCAACUGCGCUUGGGCAAGCCUCUCGUGCCCGUCGAUGUGAUUCUGAAACAGAGCAGCUCGCGGGCGCGUAACGCGGCAAUAGGCGCCACUGCUGGCGACAAUGGGUUCUAUACCAAGCGCGAGACGUUCUCCCCAACGGACUUCCAAGUGGACGAUCUGAUCGAGGAGGAUGACGACGACUUAGGCAUGCACUUUUAGGAGCAUCCAAUGGAACAAAGUGAGCCGAGCAAGCGAAUUUGGUGAAUCAGUCAGGAGUUUCCCAUGCCAAAUUUAUCUAAGUUUUACGAAUGAGAAACGUGAAGAAACGAGCAAAGCAUGCAAACACUCACACAGACAUAAACACACUCACUGAGACACAGAGACGCAUGUUAUGGAAUUUCUUAUGUGCUCUGUAAAUGCAUUUAACAUAAGCUUCACAUCAUGUUGACAGACAACCUCAACAAAAACACAUAUAAACGCAUGCAUACAUAUGUGCAUGUAUUCACAUACAUACACAUACAUUCGGUGUGCAAGCGAAAUGAGCAACUGCAGCAUCAGCAGCGUCAACAAAGUACGGCGAAUUCAAAAUCCAAAUCAAAUAUUUUCUAUAAAAAAAUUAAAAAAAAAACCCAUGAGCCAAAUAUUUAUAUUUAAGAUUACGUUUAGACAGAGCAAAGUACGUAGAUGACAAUUGACGUACAGCGAGACUACAGACACGGCGAUUAAAUUGAUCAGCUUCUGCGAGAUGGUAUCAAUUAAUUUUACCAUAAGCAUGUUCACAUACACACAUAUAUAGACUAAAUGUAACAAAUAUCAGCAAAUGUGUGCGACACACAUACGUAUAAAUGAAUACAUAUGUCAUUUACAUAUACGUAUUGAAACCCUCAAUAACUGCAAUUACGAUGAUAAUCUGCAACAGCGAUCCGAACUCAAUGGAACAAGUGAAAACUGGAAGUUAAGCAACUAUUACACACAAACAAACAAACAAACAAACAAACAGAUCAGAUCGACAUAAACAGUCGAUUUCUUCGCGAUACCAAUCCGUAUUGUAAAUACAUAUGUAUGUAAUUACGUAUGUCAGCAAACCACCGCCUAAUAAAUACUGUUACUACACUUUUAACAAAAGCAAAAACAAAAACACUAUGUAAUAAUUUUAGUGCUAUGUUUUUUCAUUUACAUUUAUUUAGUUCAAUGAUAAAUGCAACUUUUUAAUCCUUUGCUGUACAGCCGCUGUUACGGUUAACAAGAAAUACAAAAGCAAAAGUAAAUGUUAUGCGGCUGUUACGUCACAAUUCAGCAGCCGGCAUUGCACAUAACGAAUCCCAAGAAAAGAAAAAUAUAAACAUGUUCUAACUAGCACAUUUAUUUAGGAUUUUUUUUUUUUUUUUUUUUUAAUUUUUAAAUUUGAUUAUUUUGACAAUUGAAUUUUUUAAUUUUUUUAUUCUAUGAAAUGAUGAAAGCAAUUAUACUUUUAGAAAGUUCUUGAGAAACAACAAUUAGUUUCGGUUCAACUUAAAUGUAGUGCAUUAUUAUUAUUGUAAGGGAUUAUUUUAGACUUUUUCUGUUUUUAAUUAUAUGUUAAGUGUUUAUUAGUUAUUCAAAGUUAAGCAAUUAUAUAUCAAAUAUGUAUAAUUUAUACAUACAUAUAUACAUACUACACUUAUAUCUGGUCACUUGUAAACCAAUAACAAAAAUACGCAAAAUAUGCUAAAACAAAUUAAUUUAAUUCAUUAAAUUUACACUUUAUACAUUGCAUAUAUGGAAAGGGCAGAAAAACAUAUUACAUGUACAUCCAAUUUGUCAACUGUCCGUUCAUUCCGUGAGAAAACAGAAUCUUACGAGUGUCAACAUAUUUAUAUAUAUUUUUUUUUCAUAAUUUUUAAGAUUUAAACUUGUUCCUGUGUUGUUAAAAUGAAAAUGAAGAAAAACAAAUCGAAAACAAAAAUGUAGUUUAUAAAUUAAAUGUAUUUAACAUGCGCACCCGCGCGCAUUUACACACACACAUACGUCAAUGCUUGCAUUCAUAAUAGCCGCAGCAACAACAAUAAGAGCGCUCACAAAAUCAUAAGCAAUAAAUAUUGUACAUUUGACACAUAGAAAACAAAUAGAUAUGUAAACCAAUGUAAAGAGCAAGAAGAGAGGAUAACAAAAUGCGUUUAAUACGUAAAUACAUGCAUGCCUAUUUAUAUACAUACAUAUAUGCGUAAUCUACAGUUAUUUAUCAGCAGCAGAAAGUUAAAGAAUAAGAUACGGAGAGAAAGCGUAAUGAAACAACACGUCGCCAAUUCUUGGUCGCUUUAUGCGUUCACGCACACAAAGCGCAACAAAAAGAGCAAGCGCGAAUGAGACUGAGUGGGUAUAGGCGGAGGGAGAGAGAGGAUUGCAAAUGGAAUGGAACGCUAGUGGAUAUGCAUGGUCACGUGCAUUGUACAUAUUAAUGACAUACAUACAUAUGUACAUAAAUAUGUAUGUAUGGGUGCUUGUAUUUAACAUGAGUUUUCUCUUAACAAAUGGAAAUCGUAACAUGUUUUCAUGCCAUACUUCGCCGUUAACAUUUUUUGGCAGAACAAGCACAUCAAUUGUUCAAUUAAAAUUUGUACAUACCUACGUAAUUAUUUAGACAUGCAUAAGUACACACCACACACACCCACACACACCCAAAUACAAAACCGAUCAACACUAACACUAUCCACAACACAUAACUGCUGAAAAGCAAACGUGAAUAGUUAUUAAAGCAUAAAAAACCAACACGAAAUAUCAAUGCAUAUGCCUUAUGUAUGUUAUGCGUAUAUUAGGAGAAACUACACAUAUACAUGUAUGUAUGUACAUAUCUAUAUAUGUAUGUACGCUUGAAAUGGCCGUUGCUUUUCAAAAAUUCUUAUGUUCGGCUUCUCUCAUAAGUUGACAAUUAAUAAAUAUUGUUGGUGAUAUCUCUUCAUCCGUUUAUCUAUGUAUCUGUCGUUUUGUCUCCUUCCGAUUGAGGUAAAAUUAAAAUAAAUAUAUUUAAGUUACUGCAUUCCGAAAUUUAGUUUGCAUAUUUUUUCCUUUAUAAAACGGUUUUAAUAUUGUUUACAAUCCUGUUUAAAAAUGGUUUCUUAAACAUACAUACAUAUAUAUGUAUGUAAUUCUUUUUUUUUUCAGUGCGGACGUCCUUUAAAAUAAAAUAUUUGUUCAUAUCGUUCAAUUUUAUGCAUAAUCAGAAUACAAAUCAUUAGCAGAGGUUACAAAACUAAAAUAAUUACACUUACACUCACAUACAUACAUACACACACAUACACACAUACAUUCAUAUAUUAAUGAUAUCAAUUUGGCGAUAUUAACUAGAAUUUUAAAAACAAAAUGUUCACUUGAAUGUAUUUCGCUUUUUUGUAUUAGUGUGUAAAAUAAUAUGUACAUAUAUAUACAUCAAUGAAGGCCUAAAUUAAAUUAAAUUAUUUUAUAUUAUUGAUGUAUGUAAAACCCAACAAAAACAAAUUGCCUUUAGGGAACAAAUAAAAGUGUAUGGAAGAUGACUAAGAGAUGAAGCCAAGCAGCGAACCAAAAUUUAUUUUUGUGUGAAUGCUAAGCAGUGAGAUAAGGUGGGAGAAAGAGGGGGAUACGAAAUCUAAGCUUACGCAAUCUAGAUGAAUAAAAAAAUACAAUUUACAUUUACCUAGUAUAUAUAAAGUAACUGUUACAACUACAAUGACAAAACUCUUCAAAAAGGGAAGCAAAAAACUAAAACUAAACUAAGUUAAGAUUCUUCUUGAAAGUGAAAUACACUUCUAACUGCCUUCAGAGAAAAAAACAAAAAAAAUUAACAUCGACUUAAUUAGCGAGAAGAAACAUGUAAA